UCUUGUAGCUCCACGUACUGGAACAACAGCAGAAGUACAACACCACCGAGAAAGAGGGAAGUGCUCUUUCUCCCACUCUAUCUCUCGUUGCGGGGCUUCACUGUGAGAUUCUAUGUUCUAACGAUGUGGGAGUCAACUACAUAAAAGAUUGCUGAUUUCUUUAUCUCGACAGCCAUGGAAUUACAAUCCCUGCUUAUACCCUCGAAAGUGUCACCCUUUUGCUUUGGGUUCACAGGGUGGGGUAAAAUUUCACUUAGACAUACUAACAAACACCUGCAAUGUCACCCUAUCCAUCCCAUUCGGUAUUCCCAUCCGAGCCAGAAACCGCUCACAACUCAGUCAAAUUUUCCCUUUUCUCCAACCCAACUCUCUGUGUCUUCUAAAAGAGGAAGUGCCCAUUUUCUUACUCCUAUCAAUUCCUCUUUUUCCAACGGUGUCACAAGCCCCGAUUCCGAAAACUCACUUCUGAGAACCCUGAAAAACUUCUCUUUUGAUUCAUUGAAGAAUACCCUUUUGCAGUUGACCCCUUAUGAUAUUAUCAAGCUGUCUGCGAUCUUAUCUGUUACCAUUGCAGCAACAAAAUGGGCAAUGAAUGGUCUUUUCAACCCCUUUUUCUGGAUGUACUUCAGCUGGACUUGGAUGUUUUGGCCAUGGAUUCUGGCCGGAGUUGUGGCCGUUUACGGUUUAUAUUGCUUCCGCAAGUACGUGUGUGGUGAGGCAAACAUAUUCGAGCAGCUCGCCAUUGUUACCUCAGCAUUCACUUGGCUCACCCUUGUCCCACCUGCCCAUUUCAAUGGCUUCCUUGAAGGUUGGCCUUUUGUGUUCUUCUUCGUGUAUCACUACUUCUUCUUCUUCAAUGUAAGUGUCAGGAAACGGCUUUAUGGUGAUUACUACCUUCGGCCACACGACCCUAAGUGGGACGUGAAACCUCCCAGGUGGCGUCGCCUUUUGUUCUGCGUUGGAGUCAUGCUCGCCCAUUGGCUGGCAGCGUUCGAAGGACCUGAGCUUCACCGCAUCAGUGGCGGGUUGAGCAAUGUGGGUAUUUGGGUUAUGAUAUUGGUGACUCUGUUAAUGCAGUAUAACUCCACCUUAUACCUUGCAAAGUACUCAGAAAAGGUGGUGGUGCCAACUGCAGUGGUACAGUUUGGGCCAUAUCGAUGGGUUCGUCAUCCGAUAUAUGCUUCAACAAUGCUUCUUUUUGCUGGUUACUGUGUUGCGCUUCGAGCUCCUCUGGCCUCGCUAUCCGUAGUAGCUGUUUGCUUGUGGUAUUAUGAGCAGAAGGCAAAGCUGGAGGAGGCUUUGAUGGUUGAGACUUUUGGGGACAGCUAUGCUGAGUAUGCGAGUAAAGUUAGGUACAAGUUCAUUCCUUUUGUUUAUUAGUCGGACAUUGUUAAAUUAUUGAACAUUAUGUCUAGUUCAAUUACUUGAAAGUGAAAAGAUAUAUGCUCGGUUAUAUGGAGUUUUUGUGUUCUGUU